AGCGAGCAGGAGACAGAGAAGCAACCAGGCAGAGAGGGAGCUGGCGGACUGGUGGCCUUGCUUGCAUAACACACAUUUGGAGCAGCCUUGCACGCAGGACUUGGUGAGAUCUCCACCAGGAGGGAACUUCCUUUCUCGGCAUUGUUGCAGGGACAAGCAGGAAUCCACAGAGAGGGAAGGCAAAGCUGAAGCAGCUACGGAGCAAACCUCCACAAGAGAGCAGCACAAAGAGGAGGUUCAAGAUCAGGAGUCCCAGGACACAGACACUGACAGGGAGGAAGAGUCCUGGGCUAUGCUCUGCAAGCAGUGGCUGUGGAGAGUCUGAUUCCUGCUAACAUAGUGGACGCAGUGGAUUGUCAGAGAUGAUUCCUCAUGAAGUUUAUGGAGCUGAUUUUGUGAGCUGGAAUGACUCAGUUUUCUCUGGUGUGGUAGCUGAUCCAGUCCACCAGUAACUUCAAAGAGUCAGAAGCACAGGGAGCACAGAGGUCAUACCCAGACAGUGGAUCUGAGAAGAGGAGAAGCCUAAAAGUAAUACAAAGUAACAUUAGGACCACGGUGACACUAUGAAGGCCAAUCAAGAGCGGAGUAAUGGAUGCCUGCCACCUAAGAAGCGAGAGAUCCUGGCAUUGGAGCAGAGGCCUGUAGUAGUAGCUGCAGCAACAUCCCCUGCUGUGGUGCCCACUGAUGGUCCCCACGCAGAAAACCUAGCAUGGCUGGCAAGUGUGGCCAGUGAACGCUGCAAGUCCAGAGAGGCUGAGAGUCCAAGAUGUCCAGUCCCCCCCACCACGUCAUCUCCUUCCACGUCCAUCCCCUCUCCAGCAAAUCCCCUAUCUGCCGUGCCUUUGGCUUCUCUACCUGCAGUUUACCCAGCUGCCCUUCCCCAGCAAGCUGGAACGAUCCAGUUUGCUCAGCUGGGACCCAAUGUCCAGUUCAUCAGCUCUGGGCCCUACGCUGGGUACAUCUCCUCUCACAUCAUCCCAACUAAUGCUAGUCCUGCACCUAACAGCACUGCUAUAUUAGGACAUCGUUCCCAGACUGAUGGUUACACCACGGCCCUUGUGUCCCCCAACGCCAAAGGGGAGUUUCAAAUAGGUCUCUCCCCCACAGAUCUAGCUCCUGUGUCACUUUCAAGUUCUCCUCAAAUCCCCAACCAGUACAUCCACCUGGAUAACAGAACACCUUUAACUGUCAGCAGAAAUGCCGUGACGUCACCCACAACCCACCUCCAGCUCCACCCGCACACCACCGUCCUCCCUCAGACGCUUACGCUUGCCUCGUCACAGCUUGUGGUUCAGUACGCAGAUGGUUCAGCUGGAAAGAAGCCUGAGGGGCAUGCUAAGGGUGUGAUGAACGGAGACCUGGAAGUGGUCAAGCAAGUAAAGUCCUCCAGCCAUGCAGUCAGCCAUGCAGUCAGCCAUCAGUCAGUCCAGAGCUAUGAAACUAGACAUAUCCUCCUACCUGCUGACUAUGGCCAAAAUCCUGCAGGGCUUCAGACCUCCCUGCUUCUUGUAGCCCAACCCAACCACACAACCGAACAUGAGGCUGGCUCAAAUAAGAUCUCCUUAGUCCAGACUGAGAAAGGAAGCAUCUGUUUGGGGAAACCAAUAGCCAGGGCCUCCUCUUUCUCUUCCCUUUCUUCUUCAGAGGUGGUGAAGUCUGUUGCUCCUCAUGCUGUCAUCCAGACCUCUCUACCCCACGAAGAGCUGCCAGCCAGUCUCUACUCCUCCGCACAACCUCCCAUCAUUGGCUAUAUCACCAGCGGAAACCAGCACACUGUUAGCUACCAUGCCGCGCUGCCGCAGCAUCUGGUCAUCCCGAGUGGCCAGUCCCUCCUCAUUCCGGUCAGCAGUGCCAAUAAUGGCACAGAAAUUGAGGUUAGCCGUGCUGUCAGCACCUUAACUGCCACUACUACCCCUCAAAUAUCCACUGCCAUGCCGCAUGCUUAUCUAGCCACGGCUCUGUCCAAGUGUGAGGCACUUGGGCCAGAUGGAAAUCAACCCCCCUCAGCUUUGGUACAGGCUGCAACAUUGCCUGCACUGCCCUCGAACCCUGUGCCCACCGCGGUGGCAGCUCCUCUCCCAGCUCCCACUCCUGCUCCCACUUCCGUCCAAGCCUCCCCAUCCCCAUCUGUCUCUUCUCCACCAUCUCCCGUGGCGCUUCCUCCAUUUUUCAUGCGAGGCUCCAUCAUCCAGCUGGCUGACGGGGAGCUAAAGCGCGUGGAGGACCUCAAGACGGAAGAUUUCAUCCAGAGCGCUGAGAUCAGCAGCGAGCUGAAGAUCGACUCAAGCACUGUGGAGCGCAUCGACAGCGGGCAGAGUCCCAACGCUGUGGUCAUCCAGUUCUCUGUGGGAGAGCUCAAAGCUCAGGUGUGUGUGGAGGUCUUGGUGGAGUAUCCUUUCUUCGUAUUCGGCCAGGGCUGGUCGUCUUGCUGCCCCGAUCGGACCACCCAGCUGUUCGAGUUGUCCUGUGCCAAGCUGUGUGUGGGAGACGUGUGCGUGUCGCUGACCCUUCGCAGUGUGAGGAACGGCUCACUCACAGACAGUCGGCCUUCUGGGACCAAGCUGAAGGCCGGUCACUUCUCAGACUCUUCUCACAACGGGGAUCCAAACGUGAGGAACGGUUUGAGUCCUCCAGGCAGUAACGGUACUCUUCUCAUGAAGGCUUCCCGCACAGACUUUGUGGACAGGCAGCAGGUUACUGGUUCUGGACCAGCAGUACCACUACCAGCAGAACUAGAACCAGCUCCAGGACAAGCAGAGGGCAUCUACAGGGCCCAAAUGGCAGUUCAGGGGACUGAAAAAGUAAGACAGGAGUCCAUCAAAACAGACCUCUCGAAACUACAGUGCAUUGAUUCUGACAGACCUUCAUCUCGCAAGAGACGCUGGUCUGCUCCAGAGCGAGACCAGACCGAGAAAGGUGAGGAGGAGCCUCCCCUGACUCUGCCCAAACCCUCCUUCCUCCCACAGGAGGUCAAAAUCAGCAUAGAGGGCCACUCCACUGCUGGGAGUGAAAGAUUUUAAACAAAACAGAAGACUGUUAAAAGAAAAAAAACAUUAACUUUUUAAUAUUUGUGGUUUGCUUUGUGUUCGACCUCCCUGUUUUCAAUUAAUCAAGGCUACUGUAAUAUAAACCCAACAUUUUCUUUCAUACGAGUCUAUGAAGAAGUACAGAAGAGCAUCUUCUUAAAGUGGGUAUCACACACAAGACCAGUGCAAUUAAAGCUGAGAGCAAAAGCAAAUGUGGCGUGAAUGUGGGUCGUGAAUGGCAGCCAGAGAUCUGAGAGACCCGAGUGUUAGUACAAUAAGCUGGAUCGGUUUAGUGUAAUUCUGCGAGGCUCAAUCCUGUUAGUGAUUUUUUUAAAUCCUCAGAUUAAGCACAGUCCUCACUGAUAAUGUGUAGGAGAUGGGUAUAUUUUAUUAAUUUCAAUUCUGUGUUACAGCUGAGAUGUGAGUGACAGUUAAAAAAAAGGA